CCAACUCACACUUACUUCAUACCACACAACAAAUCCACUCGAUCUUCUCCAUCCAUCUCAAAUUCCAUAAUCCAUCUUUCGAGUACUCUACUACUACGACUACUACCAGCCAUGCAACCAUUCUUCUUCCUCCUCCUCAUCCUCCCUUCUCUCCUUGCUGUCCCUCUACAACCAAUCGUAACCGUCGCUGCCGAUGCCGCAAAUGCCGCUCGCUGCACCACUGCGGCUUCCCUCAGAACCUACGAGAAGUGCAUCGCCCUCCCGACGCAGGGCGCGUCGUUGGCGUGGACGUACCACCCCGGCAAUGCCACCCUCGACGUCGCCUUCUCCGGAAGCUUCAUCUCCCCCUCCGGCUGGGUGGCGUGGGGCAUCAACCCCGACUCCCCGUCCAUGACCGGCACCCGCGCCCUCGCCGCCUUAUCCGACCCCUCCUCCGGCUCCCUCCUCCUCCUCCCCUUCGUCCUCGACCCCUCCGUCAAGCUCCAAUCCGCCCCCCUCGUCUCCCGCCCCCUCGACACCCACCUCCUCCUCUCCUCCUCCGCCGCCGCCGCACCCGACGGAGUCCGCGACGGCGCCGGCGUCCAGAUCUUCGCCACCGUCAAGCUGUCCCCCAACCGCACCCGAGUCCACCACGUCUGGAACCGCGGCCUCUACGUGCAGGGCUACUCCCCGACCAUCCACCCCACCGCCGCCUCCGACCUCGCGUCCCGCGCCACCAUCGACGUCGUCUCCACCGCCACCGAGGUGCCGCCCGCCGCGUCCGCCACGCUCCGGGCCGCGCACGCGGUCCUGAAUUCCCUGUCGUGGGGGCUCCUCCUGCCGGCCGGCGUCGCAGUGGCGCGCUACCUGCGGCAGUGCAGCUCGGUGGGGCCGACGUGGUUCUACGCGCACGCGGCGGUGCAGGCGAGCGCCUACCUGCUGGGCGCCGCCGGCUUCGCGAUCGGCGUGGUGAUGGGGAGGGCGUCGCCCGGGGUGACGUACUCGCUGCACCGGGGGCUGGGCGUGGCGGCGGUGGUGGCGGGGGGGCUGCAGUCGGCGGCGCUGCUGUUCCGGCCGAAGACGACGCACCGGUUCAGGAAGUACUGGAAGUCGUACCACCACUUCGUGGGGUACGGGUGCGCGGUGGUCGGGGUGGUGAACGUGUUCCAGGGGAUGGAGGUGAUGGGGCUCGGCGGGACGUACUGGAAGCUGGCCUACUGCCUCGCGCUGGCCUCGCUCGUCGGGAGCUGCGUCGCGCUGGAGGUCAACGCGUGGGUCGUCUUCUGCCGGAGGGAAGGCGGGGGAGGGGAGGGGGAUAACGAGGGGGCGGUGAAGAGGAGGCUCAGCUUUUAA